AUGCUACAAGCGCAGAGCCAACACGUCUUCUCCCACCAGCAUCAGUACCCACAGGCUGAUCCCGCGUGGCUGCAGCACCAACAGCAGCAGCAGCAGCAACAUCACCAGGCACAGCCGCACCAGCAACACCAGCAGCAGCACGCCUCCUUGGUCGCUCAGCAGCAUGCCCAGGUUCAGGCUGCUGCCGCUGCGGCACAGCAACAACAUUAUGGUCGCCUGGCUAUGAGCGGCAACGGCGCUGUCAAUCCCGGUCAGAAUGCUGGAGGACUCGGCAACAUGGGCGGAGAGGGUCUGGCCAAUGCGAUCUCCGGCAUGGACGGUACUAUCAGCGAUGAGAAUCGCAAGGUCUUCAUUUGGGUUGCAGAGCUCCUGGACCCAGCCCGCAGGGAGGCGGCGCUCAUGGAACUGAGCAAGAAGAGGGAGCAGGUCCCUGAGCUGGCCCUCGUGAUCUGGCAUUCGUUCGGUGUCAUGACUGCCCUUCUCCAGGAAAUCAUCUCGGUCUAUCCCCUCCUGAACCCUUCGCAGUUGACGGCCGCUGCAUCAAAUCGAGUCUGCAAUGCGCUGGCGCUCUUGCAGUGUGUCGCAUCCCACAAUGAGACGCGCACUCUUUUCUUGAACGCCCACAUCCCUCUCUUUCUUUACCCCUUCCUCAACACCACCUCCAAAUCUCGCCCAUUCGAGUACCUCCGCCUCACGUCGCUCGGUGUCAUCGGCGCCCUGGUGAAGAAUGACUCAUCGGAUGUUAUCAACUUCCUGCUUACUACUGAGAUCAUUCCUCUCUGCCUUCGUAUCAUGGAGACCGGAUCCGAGCUGAGCAAGACCGUCGCCAUCUUCAUCGUUCAGAAAAUUCUGCUUGAUGACAUUGGCUUGGCAUACAUUUGUGCGACCUACGAGCGCUUCUACGCUGUUGGCACUGUCCUCAGCAAUAUGGUCGGCCAGUUGGUUGAUCAGCAAACAGUGCGACUGCUCAAGCAUGUCGUGCGCUGCUUCCUUCGAUUGAGCGACAACAGUCGCGCCCGCGAGGCAUUGCGACAAUGUCUACCAGAACCUCUCCGGGACGCCACCUUCUCCUCCGUCCUCCGAGACGACGCAGCCACCAAGCGCUGCCUGGCUCAGCUCCUGAUCAACCUUUCAGACAACGUGUCUGACGGAGCUUCGGCGGCCAUGUAA